AGCAGUUAAGGGUGUGCCCAUAAGCUAACCUUGGAGCCCCUUUCUUUGGACCUAAACACCCUGUUGGAUGAGCUGGAGUCCAGGAAUCAGAGGUCCCAUUUGGAUGGUCUGUGCGUGGGGGAGCAGGAGGAGCUGUUUGAAGUUCAAGCUCACUCCUCUUCCCUGGUGCUGUGAGGGGUGUCAUCUCACUGCCAAGAUAACAGGGCCACCUCGGCCCUCCUCCUGUGGCUAUUCUGGGCUGCUGUCUGAUCCCCUCACUUUCCCCAGCCCCUGCCUCAGCCCUUCUGCUGAGAGUAGCUGGGUAGGGAGAGGCCAGCCCAAUUAGAGAACCCUGUGGCAGGGACCCCUAGAGAGGCUGAAGAGCAGGUGCUCAGCCCCUCCCUCAGCACCAACAGUGAAAAUCUGCCGCUGGAACCCUGCCUUGGGUGGCCCAGCAUGGAGGCAGCCACAGUGCAGGAGGUGGCCUUGGGAUCCAUGCUGAAGGUGAAAGAAGCCAGCCCAACGGAUGCUGAAGAGCCCCAGACUUCACCUCGACAGGGGACCAGCAGCCCCAUUCCCCAGCUCCUGGCCCCUCUAGAAGAGCACCCUAAGAUCUGGCUACCUCGGGCCCUGAGGCAGACCUACAUCCGGAAGGUUGGAGACACUGUGAACCUACUAGUUCCAUUCCAGGGCAAACCCAAACCUCAAGCCUCCUGGACACAUAAUGGCUGUGCCUUGGAUGCCAAUCGUGUGAGCGUCCGGAAUGGGGAGCGGGACUCCAUCCUCUUUAUCCGAGAAGCCCAACGUGCUGACUCAGGAUGCUACAAGCUCAGUGUGCAGUUGGGCGGCCUGGAGGCCACUGCCACCAUCGACAUCUUGGUUAUCGAAAGGCCGGGCCCUCCCCAGAGUAUCAAGUUGGUGGACGUUUGGGGCUCCAGCGCUACCCUGGAGUGGACACCUCCCCAAGACACAGGCAACACGGCACUCCUGGGAUACACGGUGCAGAAGGCUGACACAAAGUCUGGGCUGUGGUUCACGGUGCUGGAGCGUUAUCACCGUACCAACUGCAUCAUCUCCAACCUCAUUGUCGGCAACUCCUAUGCAUUUCGAGUCUUUGCUGAGAACCAGUGUGGGCUCAGCGAGACAGCCCCCAUCACUGCCGACCUUGCCCACAUCCAGAAAGCAGCUACUGUUUACAAGACCAAGGGGUUUUCCCAGCGAGAUUUCUCUGAAGCCCCAAAGUUCACCCAGCCUCUGGCAAACUGCACUACAGUCACCGGCUAUGACACCCAGCUCUUCUGCUGUGUCCGGGCCUGUCCCAAGCCAAAGAUUACCUGGCUGAAGAAUAAGAUGGAUAUCCAAGGCAACCCCAAGUACAGAGCCCUCACUCAUCUGGGGAUCUGCUCACUGGAAAUCCGCAAGCCUGGCCCCUUUGAUGGGGGCAUCUACACCUGCAAGGCAGUUAACCCCCUGGGGGAGGCAUCCGUGGACUGCCGCGUGGAUGUGAUAGCUCCUCUUUGAGACCCCCGAAGAGGACAGGAAACUUGACUGGUGAGAUUGUGUUCUUAAGGAGCUCCAGCAUAUCAUCUGGUUUGGAUGGAUCUAAAUAAAUGUGUGGCUCCUUGGUUAUAAGUGUCCAUC